AUGGUAUAUUUCGAACAUGCGUUGAUGUGCGGGAAAACUGCAGUACUCGGUGAGCGCAGGUUGCAGGCGUUUGUUUUCAGUGCAGCGGCGGGGCGCCUCGCUGCUGGGGGCCACGUGCCACGUUGCCGGGGACGUCCUUCACGAGGGAUGCAACGCUUCUAUCAGCGAGCGACGAAAGGGGCUCUUGGGUUUCGUGAACCUGUGCGGAGCGAGCUGGCACUCGAUGGUGGUGGUGGUGGCGGCCAAUCACUAGAGGCCCUCGGAACGUUGCCGACUGAUGCCGAGUCUCAGCAGUACCUCGCGGACAUCGAACGGUUACGGGCUCUUGAUCCCGAGACCUGCCCUACCUGCAAAAACGCAGGUAUGAUUCAGUGCCCGGCCUGCAAUGGUUCGGGUUUGCGGCCGGCGAAGCCGGAUGAGGUGUAUCGUUUCUUCUGCGAGACGUGCCUGGGAAAGAAGCUGGUGCGCUGUCCCGACUGUCCAGGGCGGUGCCUCAGCUGCGGUUGA